UGCAAUCCGGAGCGCUGCGAAUGAAAGGGUUCGUGCCACCUACUAAACGGCCAAGGUCAGCGGGAUUAGAUUGUGGUAUCCUCAUGGAAGGCUCUGUAGGAAUGAAUUCUUCACCAAGGCAGAAGUUUCGGAAGGGAGACCGGACGCGUAGAAUGUGGACGCCGCGUGAGGAAGAGAUCCUGGCAGCGACACUCCUUGAACUCGUUGCUAGGGGGUGGAAAUCAGAUAAUGGUUUUCGUGCAGGAUACCUCACUAAGAUCGAGGAUAGUAUUCGUGCAGAAUUUCCAGACUCUGAUAUUCGAGGGAACCCUCACGUGAAUUCGAAAAUAUCUGUGUGGAAGAAAAGUUAUGGUUCUUUGCGAAACAUUCUAGGUCGAACAGGUAUUGGAUUCAAUAGUGACGGGAAGCACAAGAUUGAGUGUGAUGAUGAGCAAUGGGAACAAAUCGUUCAGGCUGAUAAAGAAGCAAAGUUUAUGCGCCCAAAGUCAUGGUCGUUGUGGGAUACAUGGAAGAGUAUUUUUGGCAAUGAUCGUGCCGGAGGCGGUGGGGCGGAGCAACUAGACGGAGCGGCUGCUGGAGCGCGUUCCCAACAGUCUGGGAGUAGUCAAUCCAACGACAAUCACUACUAUCCUUCAUUCGAUGAUUUCUCCCCGGGUGCAAGUGUUCCUCUAAAUGAUAUUCCUGAUGUUAAUGACCACGUUUCAGGACAGAGUGAGCAGGGGACAUCAGCCAACAAACCUAGCAGCCUCAAAGGAAAAAACGACUCCGGUGACACUGCCAUGAUGGAGUUUCUUGCAAAUCUACACUCACAGACCAAUGCAAGGCUGGAGGUCAUCUCGUCAAGGAUCGGAUAUGAGUUUGACCUGGCCAAGGCUAGAGAUGAUGUGUUUGAGAAGCUAUGUAUUGUGGAUGGCAUGACUCUAGCGCAGCGAUAUCAGUUAUGCAACAUCUUGGGUGACAAGCCUCAGCGGCUCCAUAUAUUUACUGGUAUGCCGGAAGCUGCUAGACUUGGGUACGUGUUGAUGCUUAUCGAUGAAAAUCGCAGGGGGGUCUGAAUGAUCGUUUUAUAGUUGGUAUGGCUGUUAUUUUUGCCUUCUUUUAGUAUGUGUAAGCUAGUAUCUAAAUUGUCAGACCGAUCUUUUAUUUUUGGAAGACUAGUUAUGUAUGUGGGACGUGUAUGAUGAGCUGCAACUCUGAAGUCUUCUUUCGGUUUAUUGGUGACAAAUUCUGUUAAUGAAUGCU